UUCUAGGUUGGCAGCUCCGUAAUAAAAUUUGUUGUCAAAUCGCCGCAAAGUUGUGUAGUGUUGGGAAGAUAAUAAUUAUAUUGUUUUGCUAUAAGAUUUUUGUCAUAAUCUACGAUAAGUUCGCACAAAACACAAUGAAUUUAUCAGAAGAGAAUACGUUUGGGAAUGGUCUUCUUUAUGUAGGAUUUAAUCAAGAUCAAGGUUGUUUUGCUUGCGGAACGGAGAAUGGAUUUCGGGUGUUUAAUAGUGACCCACUUAAAGAAAAAGAGCGACAGAAUUUCGCUGAAGGCGGUCUUUCUUACGUAGAAAUGUUAUUCCGAUGCAAUUAUAUGGCAUUGGUCGGCGGUGGUAAAACCCCCGUGUAUCCACCGAACAGAGUAAUAAUAUGGGAUGAUUUGAAGAAAGACUCGGCGAUAUCUCUCGAUUUCAACAGCCCUGUUAAGGCUGUGAAACUGCGCCGAGAUCGUAUUGUUGUUGUGUUGGAGAAUCUAAUCAAAGUGUACACAUUCACUGCUCAGCCACAGAUGUUGCAUGUGUUUGAAACAUGUCAGAACUCAAGAGGACUGUGUGUGGUGUGCCCCAACAGUAACAAUGCAUUACUUGCAUAUCCCAGUCGCAAAACAGGAAAUGUCCAGUUGGUAGAACUUAGCAGUCAUGCAGGUCCAAGCACGGCACCAGAAGGUCAUCUAAUUGCAGCUCAUGAGGCACCUCUCAGUUGCUUGGCACUUAAUGUGGGUGGCACCAGACUCGCCACUGCUUCCACCAAAGGAACACUUAUCAGGGUGUUUGAUACAGCCACUGGACAGAAGCUUGCUGAACUUAGAAGAGGAGCACAUCAGGCUACAAUUUAUUGUAUAAAUUUCAACCACUCAAGCACCAACUUAUGUGUGACGUCAGACCACGGCACAGUUCAUGUGUUCAGCCUAGAAGACGAGAAGCUCAACAAGCAGUCCAGUUUGGCAACAGUCAACUUCUUACCAAAGUAUUUUUCGAGUAACUGGAGUUUUUGCAAAUUCACUAUCCCCAAUGGUCCUCCGUGCAUUUGUGCUUUUGGAGUUGAUAAAAGCUCUAUAAUUGUAAUCUGUGCUGAUGGAUCUUACUACAAAUACAAGUUUAACGAAAAAGGAGAAUGCACAAGAGAUGUCUAUGCCCAGUUUCUGGAGACGUCAGAAGACAGAUAAGCAUGUAUCACCUCAGAGGGUAUGAGAUUUUAAAGAAUUGUCAUGUCACCGGAAAAUACAGUGUAUAAAUGAGGUUGUCUCCUCCAGACUUAUAUACUCAAUUUAUGUUGGAAGUUACUUGCUGUAGGUUAGUGAAUGAAAACCUUAAAUAUAAAUAAUAUUCAACAUUUAAGUGACAAAUAUUUCUAUUAAAACUUAUGCUGUGCGUUAGGUUAGCCCAAGAACUUUGACAAGCAUAUCUUAAGUACUUUUUCUGUUACAAUAUAAUGAUGAAAAGGA